GUGUAGAGCAGAUACCUCCCAGACACCAGUGUGGUUGUAUACUCACUCUCUGCGCAAUGAAAUACUCGCUGUUUUUCGUGGGGUUGGCAGUGCUGGUCGCCUCUACCGUCGCAGCUCCUAGUGUAAUAGGCUUCGAUGGUGGAUAUGACGGCUUUGACAGCGUAUAUGACUACAAUGGUGGCCUCAUUGGCGGAUAUCGCGGUUACGGUGGCAGAUUUGGCAGUUACAGGCGAGGAUUGCGCAGUAGUGGAAGAGCGAUCAUCGACUUCAACCUAGGUCCUGGUGGUGCAUAUGCUACUGGCUACGGAGAAUAUGGUUUAGGAUUUGGCUUUGGACGUGGUAGAUUCGGGAGAGGCUAUGGUAGCUAUGGUAGUUACGGAAAAUAUCAUUGAUAC